UCAAAGUUUGCUGUUGUGAACGUGAACUGCGUACAAUCGCGCUUUAUUUUGUUAAUAGGCAGUCAAAAAUAUUUGAAUAAUACACCUUUCGGUUCUACAGCUGUACAUUUUUUGGUUCUAAUGAUUGUUUAAUAAAAAUAACGUAUUUUUAAAGUAAUGGACGAUGAGUACGAUAUCUACGGUGAUUUGGAUGGUUUACAGGCGGAAACGCAAAAGGAAAAUAAAGUGAUCCAAGAGCUGCACACACAAAUUGAAGAGCUUAAAGCAAAAAUCGCCGAAAAGGAGAGGGAAAAACAAGAGAUUGCAAACAAAAAUGCCGUCCUUUUGGAAAAUAUAUCGUCACUCUUAUUGACCGCGAAAGCGGAGUUGAAGCGGAAAGAUGCCCUAAUAGCUGAGGUUCGGCGGGAGAAGGAUAAUGUGACUUUCAGAAGGAGAGCCGGUUCCAUUCAUAUUCGCAAGAUUGACCAAGGAACACAGACGACAUUGAUUCAGUUUAUGGAUCAGCAAAUUCAAACGGAACACCGGGAAGUUAACCGUAAGAAUGAACUUUCUGGUAGGAAGAAUGGACGUCGUGAGCGGAGCAGGUCUUUGGAAAGGGAUCGUGUUGGCAAACAUAAGUUACACAGUAGAGAUAGAGAACGCAUUAGAGGAACAUCUAUGGAGAGGAGGAGAUCGUGUGUUCGUACUAGGCCAAUUGAACGACGAGUUGCUGUGUACGAAGAACGUAGAAGGAUUCAAAAACAGCGUGAAGCAAGUAGAGAACGACAGCGGGAGCGAGAACGAAGAGCUCGUAGAGAAAAUCGUACCCCGGAGAUAGACACGAAACGUUCCGACGUGCGAUUUAACAGUCCUAUUAGAGUAAAAUCUGAAGUCGUUUGUGAGAUAUCCAGCACGUUUAUUCCGAUGAACAGGAAGGACUUGGAUCGGUAUGUUAAGGAAAUUGGUCGGAGCGAGAAUUCGUCACCUGUUUUGUGCAUUCAUAAAAGUAAUACUGUAAAGAGAGAUGCAAUGAAGUUGCCCAAGGUGGACCAGAGGAGCAUGGAUACGGAAACUGAUUCUAGGAAGAGACCUCGUACUCUGGAAAAACGCUCCCACAAACAUCCUGAAAAAGUUCCAAAGAUUGAGAAACAACGUGAUUUGAUUCAAUCCGAUGAAAUAGGAACGACCGCCCCGGCCGCUAACUCGACUAUGUUAAUGAAUGAAGAUAUAGAACAAAAAAUGACUGUGCUACAUGGAGAAUCCACACCAAAAACACCGAAUGAAUCAGCACUAGCACAAACAUCGAUUGAACUGCUCCUCGAUUUAAAUAGUGGAGAUAGCCCCAAACACCUUUGUGUGUUUCCACCACCCACGUUGGUCAUACCACCCCCAGAGCCGCCGAUUAUUGAGCAGGUACCGGAGAUUCCCAACGAUGACGAACCGAAACUAAAUGAUAGUCGUGAGUUGAGAAUAAUCGAGUCCGAUGAAUUGUUGAUGUUGGAACAGGAACAUGAAAAUGAGCGGAGCUCUUCUGCUGAGACUGUGAUUCAAAAUUCGGUCACCCCUCAUAAAGAAGAGCUGGAAGAUGGCGAGUUGCCUUCCUCGGACGACGAAGAAUGUAAUCUGAGAAAAGAACGGGUUUCGAAAACUGCUAGGAAUAAGCCGCGGAAUGAUAGUAAAAUGGAGGUGACUUCAUCGCAUUCACUUCGUAGUUAUGCGCAAUUCAAGAACGCAGAAGUUUCGAAAAAAGAUGAACUACCAAAAACUGCUGGUCAGAACGAAAUAAUCAUUAGGCAAAAAGAAAAACCAUUGUCGCCUGUGCUGCGAUCAACAUGCUUAAGGUCCAGUAAAGAAAAUGAAACUAAGCACAAACGGAAUCUGGUCAGUGCGUUCAAAGCAUCAUUUUCAACCAAACAUGCUCAUAACGAUAGCAACAAACUUCGACGACGAACGGUGACUGAACCUUCACCCGUAAAAAUGAUCCUAGUCCAAAGCAGACAUUCUGAACCACCUCGUUUGACGAGUCAUAAAAAAUCCCACCAUCAUAAAAAGAGUAAAACAUUGAAGGAGCUUUUCGGGACAGACGAAUCGGAAAAUUCGGUCUGUGGAUCGCCAAUUGUAACCCGAAAGCGAAACCUCGAUCGGAAAGAGAGAGAUCGUCACGAUUCAAAAAAGCGAAGAAAGUCACCCACAAUUAGAAUCAAUGGACAUGACUUGGAGAUUCAAGAAAAACUGCAAAGUAAACCUACUGUUGAUCAGUUUAAGACACCCGCUGAACCAGCCAAUUGUAAAUUAAAACGACACAAAAAACUGCACACGCCUCCUCCCGUCAACGAUCAUGCAGUCGCUCCAAAGGUAGAAUCUCCGAGAACUGUUGAGUUCGAACGAGUGGACGUGAAGAUGGAAAAGGGAAAAUCGGUUACACCCGCGCCUGUAAUUCUCGACCAGGAAACAGCUAAAGAGGUUGUCGAAUCGAUUAAAAGCACUAUUAAACCAGUUCCAUCGAUCGAACCAGAAAUAUGUGCCAAUGCUGUUAUGCAGGAUGAUUCGGAAAAGCAAUUCCAAUCACCAUCCCCUGUGAUCGCCAGCAAAAAGGUGCUACAUGAACCAGUUACUGUGCAAGAGGAAGCCGCUGUUGUUAAAGAGGAUUUAUCCGCUGCGCAAAGGGAUCCAGCCGCUGUGCACGAGACGCCAACCGCUGUGCACGAGACGCCAGCCGCUGUGCAGGAGGAGCCAGUUGUUGUGCAAGAGAAGCCAGCCGCUGUGCAGGAGGAGCUAGCGGUUGUGCAAGAGGAACUAGUUGCUGUACAAGAUGAACCAGCCGCUGUACUGGAGGAGCCAGCUGUUGUGCAGGAGGAGCUAGCGGCUGCGCAAGAGGAACUUGUUGCUGUGCAAGAUGAACCAGCCGCUGUGCAAGAGGAGCCAGCUAAUGAGGAGGAUGUUGUUAAACAGACAGACCGAUCAACUGAACCACUAACAUACAAGGAUGAUUCGUUGAAUACAUCUUUAACACGAUUGUGUACCGAUUCUCCGCUAAAAUUGCUACAGCCGUUCAGCGAAAAGUCGUUCAUCUGUUCCAGCAGAUACAGCGAAUACAGAAUCGAAUUUGACAAUGAGGUGGAGACAACGGUUUAUCUGACCAGAAAAAAGAAAAAGAAGAAAGGAAAACCCCUCAGCCUGAAUGCAAGUGGGACAAAUGUAUAGUCGAUCCCAACCACCCAACAAAGCUUAUUUUUCUUUUGUUUAUUGUUACAAAAUAAAGCGAUUAGCUUUUACCACAA